CCGGCCUCCGGUUUCCAGUCGAGCCCGCCCGCCCGCCUGCCUUCCUUCCUCUCACGUGGCCUGAUUUCCUCUGACCCGCCCCGCCUUCCCUUUCCCUCUCGGCUCCAUAUUGAGGCUGAAGGAGGCAAAACUCAGUCACAAAAUGGAGGUUAAAAGGAGCAACUGAGUCAGAACACCCUCCCAAAAUGGCGUGUAAAGAGGAGAGAGAGGCUGAAGAUUACAAGAGGAGGGGAAGAAGAUCUUCACAGGGCCAGGAUCCUAAGGAACCAGAACAAUUGAGGAAGCUGUUUAUCGGUGGCCUAAGCUUUGAAACUACGGACGAUAGCUUAAGGGUACACUUUGAAACAUGGGGCACGCUCACAGACUGUGUGGUGAUGAGAGACCCGCAGACAAAACGUUCCCGCGGCUUUGGUUUCGUGACCUAUUCUUGCGUGGAAGAGGUAGAUGCCGCAAUGUCAGCUCGCCCACAUAAGGUUGAUGGGCGCGUGGUGGAGCCAAAGAGAGCAGUUUCCAGAGAAGACUCUGUGAAACCCGGUGCCCACUUAACAGUAAAGAAAAUAUUUGUCGGGGGGAUUAAAGAGGACACGGAAGAAUAUAAUUUAAGAGAAUAUUUUGAAAAAUAUGGCAAGAUUGAAACUAUAGAAGUAAUGGAAGACCGGCAGAGCGGAAAGAAACGAGGAUUUGCUUUUGUGACAUUUGAUGAUCAUGACACAGUUGACAAAAUUGUUGUUCAGAAAUACCACACUAUAAAUGGACACAACUGUGAAGUGAAAAAAGCUCUCUCCAAGCAAGAAAUGCAGACCGCCACUGCUCAGAGAAAUCGUGGAAGCAGUUCAGGCAACUUCAUGGGCCGUGGAAACUUUGGAGGCAGUGGGGGAGGUUUUGGUGGUGGAAGAGGAGGUGGAAGCUUUGGCAGCAGAGGAGGCUACGGUGGUGGAGGUGGCGGCGGCGGCGGCGGCGGUGGUGGCGGCAGCGGUGGCAGCAGAGGAAGCUACGGAAGUGGUGAUGGAUACAAUGGCUUUGGCGACGGUGGUGGCAACUAUGGAGGUGGCCCUGGAUAUGGCAGCAGAGGAGGCUACGGUAGUAGCCCAAGCUACGGAAGCCCCAGCAGCGGAUAUGGCGGGGGAGGUGGCGGCUAUGAUGGUUACAAUGAAGGAGGGAACUUCAGUGGCAACUAUGGUGGCAGUGGAAACUAUAAUGACUUUGGCAAUUACAGCGGGCAGCAGCCGUCGAACUAUGGGCCCAUGAAAGGAGGUGGCAGUUUUGGUGGUAGAAGCUCAGGCAGUCCUUAUGGCGGUGGAUAUGGAUCAGGAGGAGGAAGUGGAGGAGGUGGCUAUGGUGGAAGAAGAUUCUAAAAUACGUAGCAGAAUAAGGGCUACAGUUCUUAGCAGGAGAGAGCGAGGAGUUGUCAGGAAAGCUGCAGGUUACUUUGAGACAGUCGUCCCAAAUGCAUUAGAGGAGCUGUAAAAUCUGCCACAGAAGGAGCGAUGAACCAUAGUCAGAAAAGUUACUGCAGCUUAAACAGGAAACCCUUCUUAAAGACUGUCGUAGCCACAGUUUGCAAAGAGUGCAGCUAUUGAUUUAAUGCAAUUGUAGUGUUUAGAUGUACAUUCCUGACUUCUUCUUUUUUUAAUUUGUUGUUGUAGCUUUGUCUUUUUCUUUAUAAAAUCAGGUAUAUUGCCCUGUAAAUUUGUGGUAGUGGUACCAGAAAUUAAAAAUAAUUAAGGAACUUUUAAUUUUUCAAUUCUUGUGUAGUUCAGUUUUUUUUCCUUACUUUAAAUAAAGAAAUGUAGUUUUAGGGUAUAUUCUUGCUAGGAAAAAAAUCAGUGCAUUAUAAUCUUGUAUUAGUUUAACCUUGUGAAACUGCUGAAUCGUUUAUAAGAACUUUUAGGUUUUUUUCUGCAUAUGUAGCCACAUGAAAUGAGUUGCCCAUGCAAAGGGAGGGGAGAGUUGCUUGCAAUUAAAGCUUGUUUAGCCGUAUAACUAGGACUGACUCAUUUAAACUAGUGCUUGUGAAUGAUCAAAAAAGCUUUAUUUUCAAAAGAAAAUACCAGAUACUUCUGGCUUGUGCUUACGAUUUGUAGCUUUUGUUUCUUAGUUGAAGCCUUCCAAGUAAAUUAGUAUGAAAGUUCUUUUAAGCUUUAUUCAGUUUGCCUCUCGUUUCAUUGAUAUAUGCAGAAGGUGCCUCAGCCCUUAACCAUUGGCAGAACAGGUUUCUGUCUUUUAUCGCUACCAAGGCUUAAUCCACCCCACCCCCCACAAAAUGGUGAACAGAUUAAGUACGCACACUUCAUUGAAUUAAAACUUUCAAGCAAAUAGCCUGGUCUGUUACUGAGCUUACAACUGUGUAGCUUCAUUUGUUCUCCCCCUCAAAAAAAUGUGGUUUAUUCUAAUGGUUAUGCUUAACCAUUAAGUGUAAUGGUUAAUACUUCUUCAGCAUGCUGUUCUGACUGCCCUCUUUCCCUGGAACCAAGUUGCAGCUGAGUCACAAUCCCUCUCGAGUCCCUUGGAAACAAGUAUAAACUGUCUUGACUGUGGGCAAACCAACCAAUCUGCUUCACACACCUUCCAAUGCGCUGAGUGUCAGCCUUGAAGGUGAAGCAAAAACUGAUUGCUUCAUGGCCUAGGAACUGGCUGAACAUGAUGUAUUUGUUGUGAACAGCGAGUCUUGUGACUAGAAUAAAAUUUAAGAUUUUUUUAAUGCCAUCAGAGUGAUGUGUCCAAGCUUCAUGACAGAGUGGGUAUGUUUACUCCUUCACUUGCCCAAAUUUGCAUACGACUAUGUUCCCUACUAAUUUGCUAUCCUUCUCAAUCCGAUCAGACUUCUCUUCCAACUAUUGCCAGAGCAGUGCUUUCUAUCAAUACACAUCCUGAAGAGUAGGGCACAGUGAGUAGAAGAAACUCAGACACUUUUGCCAGUGUGAUGCUGGAAUUUCUCAUCUUGUUACUUCUUCUCUAGGCCAAUGAACAGUAUAAAGGUAAACCUAAUUCCAGUAUAGGAAUGAAUUGUUGGGCAUUAUAAAAUAUUCGUCUUGGAUCUGUUGUAAUUUCAGCCAAUCUACAUUAGCUUUACAGAAGAUGGGGGUCUGAAACCUGGCCUGUUUGAUUGUGGCCUGCCUAGGCUCACUGUCCUGGUGGUUGGGUAAUAGAAACGCCGUGGUGAAAUCCCAUUAAACUUUGUGCCAGGAAUAUACUAAACAAGAUAAAACAUAUUAGCAUGCAUUAAGGUGGAAAGUAGUUGGCUGGCCUUAUCAGUACACUUUCUAUUUUCUGAGGAGAGAGUUCAAUUUCUUAUUUGUGUAAAAAAAAAAAAAUCAUAUCCCACCCUUUCCAGAAUCUGCCCAAUGUGGCAAAUAGUUUAUACUCAGGCAAAACUUGUCAACUGAGCAUCAGUUUAGUAUUGUGGUAUGGAAUUUUCACAUUACUAAGCCAUGUGGUGUUCCUUUUUUUUUUUGUUUUUGCAAGGACAGAAUAGACCCGAAUCAUCACUUCCAGGGCUACUGUUGGUUGCAGAGGCAGAGCCAGAGGAUGGGUUUGAGGGAUUUCAUCUGUUCCUAGUCCAUGUAUAUGGUGGGUGGGAGUCUUGACAGUGUCCACCGUGGGAUUCACAGCAGCCCUGCGGGAAAAGAAUUAAUUGCCUAGCGUCUUACUUUGUUUUGCAAACCUCAAUGUGAAAUCUACAAGCUGCCUGUUGUUGGUGCCAGUGACUUAGACCUAGUUCUUUGAUGCAAAUGUGGAGAAGUGUCAGCUGAGGAGAGUGGCUUGCCAGCUGUAAAGACUCUAGAACGUGAUUCUUAGCCAAAGUGUGGAUCGCAGGAGACUCAGACAGGACUUCAGCAGCCUUUUGUGUAUGUGGACCAGUCAGCCUAAUAAAAGAAUGACGAGGCAGCGACAGCACAGCACCAGCUUCAACUUCCAGGAAAAAAGUGAAGGCAUAAGAUUCUAUGCUGAUAGUGAGCUUUUGGAGAGCUGCUAGUUAAAACUACCUUUCACUGCUGAAAGAUCGAAGAAAGUCUAGCAAGAGUUCUUCACCAGUUGGAGCCUCCUUGAGUCAUAGCUACUUGAGUUGACCCAAAGUCAUAGGUCUAGCAUUUAGACCUGAAAGGAAGGGGAAUAAGAAUAGGUCAUACAAGAAAUCUCUGCUGGACAAGAGGCGGGUUUCUUACCCCGAUUGGAAACCCUUGACUUGGCAAGGAAACGGGUCACUCGCUCAUCUGGAACAUGAUGUGGCUUCAGGUGUUUGUUUUUUUCAGAUGCUUAAAAUGGUUGCGUUAGAGCCUGCUUCUGGAUUGGCAUUUUCUUUUGCCUCCAGGCAUCUUGAGUGAAUAACAGCACCUGUGCCUGCUUUCAAUCUUGUAAAAUGGGGACAAGGCCAAGCUGUGUGCAGCUCAUCACUGCCCAACAGAAUGUAAAGUGGGGGUAACUAAUCCUGAACAUCUGUUCUCUGAGAUGAAAGGCGAUGAUGUAACACACAAAUAACACAAAGCGUAAUGACAACCACAAUUGACUGCGGUCUCAACACUGUUGUUCAGAUGUUUACAAUAAAGUGCCAUAAUUUAU